AUGAUCCAAGACAUUGCUAAUAUCUUUGGUAUCAAUCUCUCAGAUGAUGAUCUUGAAUCAAUUUUCUCCCUUGAUGAUGAGCAGAAUGAAAGAUCCCUGUUUAUGAUCAAACAGUUUGAUGAUGCUGAGUUUUAUACCAGAAUCCCGUUCCAUCUUGAGGUAAAACGCAGAAAAUACAAGUCACAGGGAACUGAUCUGCUGGGAAAGACAAUAGAGGAAAGGGUUUUAGAGGAAAAUUGGCUAGACGUUGAGGCAAACAUCUACAACCCACCAGUUUUCGCCCUAACCGUUCAAAUCAUGCUUUCCCCCAAGUUGGGGAUCCCUCCUGAUGAAAAUUUGAUCAAAGAGAGUGAGGAAAAGCUUGCCAAAAUGCUGAAUGUUUAUGAGGAGAGGCUGUCAAAGAGCAAGUACUUAGCUGGUGAUUUCUUCAGCCUAGCUGACCUUAGCCAUCUGCCCUUUGCUCAGUACUUGGUGGGCCAAAGGAGUAUAUAUAUGAUAAGGAGCAGGAAACAUGUGAGUGCUUGGUGGGAUGAUAUUAGCAGCAGACCUUCCUGGCAAAAGGUUCUCCAGCUCUAUGCUUCUUCUUUCUAAAGAUUGAAAUGCUGCAAUUUCAGUGGGUCUCUUUUCAAUAACGUCUACUUUGUUAAUCAGCA